AUGGCUUCCACUACCCAUAAGAUCUAUCAUGUACACGGCUGUGAUUCCAGACAAGCCCUGGAGGAUUACUUCUCAGAUAAACCUGAAAUGGUCUUUGAAGAGGAUUCCUUGAUAUUUCCCAUAGAAAAUCUUGCAAAAACCUUCACAAUAGGUCAUAUUAAAGGAGAUGUCCUCAUUGACCUCAGCUUUGGUUCCUUUGUCCAUCAACUCUAUGCAGCCUGUGAGUGUUUCAAACACAUCAUAGUGCUAAAGGUCAGUGACAGAUGCAUCAUGGAGCUGAAGAGAUGGCUGGACACACGGACAGGAGCAUUCAAUUGGGGACAUGCUGCAAAACUUCAUGGAGAGAUACAAGGGAACAGCAAACAAUCUCAGGAUCAUGAAAGUAAAGUGAGAUUUGGUGUUCAACAUGUUAUGAAAUUUGACCUUGAGAAAGAAAAUAUGACGGAUCCGAUAGUCUUACCACCAGCAGAUUGUAUCAUCAGCGCUUGGCUCCUAAAUGCUAUCUGCAAAGAUCAAGAUGAUUUCAUGAGAUUUAUCAGGAAGUUCUCUAAGUUGCUGAAAACUGGAGGCCACCUUAUAUUUAUUGGGUGUUUAGAUAUGACAUAUUACAUGGUCGGAAACAAUAAGCUCCAUUCUUUCAAAUAUGAUGAGGAUUUUGCCAGGAAAGCUCUAGUUAGAGAAGGUUUUGUUAUUGAUUCCUGUGUAACUAAGAAGGCAUCAAGAGUUAGUGACCAUAUUGACUAUAAGGGUGUAAUAUUCAUUGUAGCUCACAAGGAGAAAUAG